GAAAACAAGGCCGAACGCUCAGCUACGCAUCUGCGCAUGCGCAGCUUUUCUCUCCACACAGUUGGGAAGGGCAGCGAUGACUCCGGCCUUGACCAGCCGGGAAGUGAAUACUAAUUUUUUGGAUAUCAGUAUUCCUUCCGUAUUUCUUACUUCAAGAUGAUGCAUUUCCUGUUGCUGUUCAGUCGUCAGGGGAAGUUACGGCUGCAGAAAUGGUUCCUGCCCCUCCCGGAAAGAGAGAGGAAGAAGAUUGUGAAGGACAUGACCACUAUGGUGUUGGCACGGAAACCACGCACAUGCAACUUCCUGCACUGGAAGGAUCUAAAGAUUGUCUAUAAGAGGUACGCAAGUCUUUAUUUCUGCUGUGCUUUGGAGGACCAGGAUAAUGAACUUAUGGCUUUAGAGACUUUGCAUCGUUAUGUGGAGUUACUCGACAAAUACUUUGGCAAUGUAUGUGAGCUGGACAUCAUCUUUAACUUUGAGAAAGCUUAUUUCAUCCUGGAUGAGUUUCUGAUGGGUGGAGAGAUUCAGGAGACGUCCAAACAGUCUGUUGCGAGGUCUAUAGAGGCCUCUGAUAUGCUGCAAGAGACGAUGGAAGAAUACAUGAGCAAACCAGCCUUCUGACAGCAGCUGACAUGAUACAGUGUGACAAAAUGAAAAGAAACCUGUCCAUGCAGUUUCAUUGCAAGAAGUUAUAGACUUUAUUUAUGAGGGCUUCAAAAAAAAUUAUUAUUAUUUUUCUUCUUCUCUAUACUUGUAUGAACAUCUUGAUCAGUUCCACUCAAAUUUAAUGCAACUGAAUCAGGGUUCAUGUUGUGUUUUUGAAUAGGUAUGUCUUGUCAACUUAUAAAAAUAAAUGUAAUGCAGAAUUUUUAUGAUGGCCCCAGCAUGCAUAUACACAUGCAACCAUAGAUUUAACUGAUAAUUUUCAACUCUUUAUACCAAAAUCAUUUUAUAUAAUAAUCAUAUGUUUGCAGUUAAACUUUAAACUUUGGCUUAUUUGAAGUGCCUUUUCAUAUUUUGUAAACAUGUUGCAUGUCUCAGGAGACAUUUAGCUCAAGAAAGAAAAACUAUAACACUUUGAAGGAAUGUUAAUGCUGCUUUAUGAGCACAUAUUGAUAUUGUGUUAUUAAAAUUGUUUUUUAUAUGAUUUAGUCUCAGUCAAAUGUUUGCUAUUUUCUCUGAUGAAAUGCAUCUGGUGCUUUCUAAAAAUCCUUCCAGCAGUUUAUUUUUGUGUGCUGUAAUGGAUUUGUUUUCUAUUAAUAUCUCUUAUUAUGAGACUGUGCUUGCCACUGUAUAAGGUCCUGUAUCAUCAAUCAGGUAUCCUUAGGUUUUCUAUGACAUGAGAUGUAAAUAUUAA